AUGGCUGAUAACAAGGAAGAACUCGUCCAACGCGCCAAGCUCGCUGAACAAGCUGAAAGAUACGAUGAUAUGGCCAAGUCAAUGAAAAAAGUGACUGAAUCUGGACCAGAACUUACCAAUGAAGAGAGAAAUCUUCUCUCUGUUGCUUACAAAAAUGUUGUUGGAGCUCGUCGUUCGUCAUGGAGAGUUAUCUCUUCAAUUGAACAAAAAAGUGAAGGAUCAGAGAGAAAACAACAAAUGGCUAAGGAGUACAGAGAAACUGUUGAAAAGGAGCUUAAAGACAUUUGUCAAGAUGUCUUGGAACUUUUGGACAAGUAUCUUAUCCCAAAAGCUGGUAAUCCAGAAUCGAAGGUUUUUUAUUUGAAGAUGAAAGGAGAUUACUACAGAUAUCUUGCUGAAGUUGCUACUGGAGAUGAACGUUCAUCCGUCGUUGAGAAAUCUCAAAGCGCUUACCAGGAAGCUUUUGAUAUUGCUAAGGAGAAGAUGCAACCAACUCAUCCAAUUAGAUUAGGACUUGCUCUCAACUUCUCCGUCUUCUACUACGAGAUUUUGAACGCUCCAGAUAAAGCUUGUCAACUUGCAAAACAAGCUUUUGAUGAUGCUAUUGCUGAAUUGGAUACUCUUAAUGAAGAUUCUUACAAAGAUAGCACACUAAUUAUGCAACUUCUCAGAGAUAAUCUCACUUUGUGGACCUCUGAUGCUGCUCCAGAUGACCAAGAUGGACUUGAAGGACAAUAA